ACAGCGGAACACCGCAGCACAGAAUGCGGACAGCGAGGAGCCAGACCCGGCUGUAGCGUCCCCUCCCGGCACCUCUCACCCGGCUCUCAGUGCCAUGGCUCACAGGGAAUAUGGCUAACUUUGACACACUUUGCGUGCCACGGGGAAAUGCCAUGCGAGCGGCUCCAUUGAGAUCACAAUAACAGAGAAGGGGGUGGGGGGGAGGACCCGAUUUCAGUCAUUUCAUAAGGCAGCUCCUCUCCCACUUCGGUCUGGAGAGAUGAUCACGGAGCUGCUGUGCACCGCCGUGGCUUUGGGUCUCUAUCUGAACACGCUGGACGCUGAUUUCUGCUACGAUGACAGUCGAGCCAUCAAGACCAACCAGGACCUUCUCCCUGACACUCCGUGGACCAACGUCCUGUACGACGACUUCUGGGGCACCCUGCUGACUCACAGCGGCAGCCACAAGUCCUACCGGCCCCUCUGCACCCUCUCCUUCCGCCUGAACUACGCCCUGCACGCCCUGCGGCCCUGGGGCUUCCACCUGCUGAACGUGGUGCUGCACGGCCUGGUCACCGCGCUCUUCACGGCCUUCAGUCGACAGCUCCUGGGCGGGGGGCUGUGGAGCCUGCUGGCUGGCCUUCUCUUCGCUUCUCACCCGGUCCACACUGAAGCAGUCUCAGGUGUGGUUGGCAGGGCGGACGUUGGCGCCGCGUUGUUUUUCCUGCUGUCUCUUCUCUGCUAUGUGAGGCACUGUGGACUUCGUAGGGACUUCCAGAGCAGAUGUGGAGGCUCCUGGUGCUGGGGCUGGAUGCUGGGCAGCCUUGGGUGCGCAGCAGCCAGCAUGCUGUGGAAGGAGCAGGGGGUGACGGUGCUGGCCGUGUCGGCGGUGUACGACCUCUUCGUGUUCCAGAGACUCCGCUUUCGCCAGGCGCUUCUCCUCCUGCUUGGAAAGAAGAAGAACGUCAGUGUGUUGCUGAGCCUCUGCGUGCUUGCUUCCUGGGGGGGGGUCCUGCUGUCGGCUCGCCUCUACUGGAUGGGCAACAAGCCUCCCAACUUCUCCAAUUCUGACAACCCGGCCGCUGACUCGCCACAUUUCCUCACUCGAACCCUGACGUUCCUCCACCUGCCGGUCGCCAACGCCUGGCUGCUGCUCUGCCCCGACAGGCUAAGUUUUGAUUGGUCCAUGGACGCUGUGCCCUUGGUCAGGUCCUUGGCCGACUGGAGGAACCUUCACACUGUUGCCUUUUAUGGUGGAUUCAUCCUCCUGGGCUUGUUUGGCCUUCAGGGCCCCACCUCUAAAGCCAAGGAGACCAAUGGGAAAGCCUAUGUGACUAAUGGGAAAUCAAUCACUAAUGGGAAUGGCUGCCAUGCCCCCGACACAAACCAUAACACAGACCAGGGGCCGCCAAAGACCACCCUGAACGGGUCAGCAGGACCCCACCAAUGCCCCCCACGGACGACCCUCCCCCCCACACAACACCUAGUCCUGUUUUCAUUAGGCAUGCUCUCAUUGCCUUUCCUCCCCGCCACAAACCUCUUCUUUUAUGUAGGUUUUGUGAUUGCAGAGAGGGUGCUGUACAUCCCCAGUAUGGGCUUCUGUUUACUGGUUGCUGCUGGUGCACGGACAUUACACAUCAGACUGAGGACUAAAGGCUGCAGGGCCUUACUGAUGGGUCUCUGUAUGGGACUAGUGCUGCUGAACGGACUCAGGACAGUUCAGAGAAACAGGGACUGGAGCAACGAGGAGAAUCUCUACAGGUCAGGGAUCUGUGCCAACCCCGCUAAAGCCUGGGGAAACUUGGGGAACGUUCUGAAGAACCAGGGCAAGAUGGCGGAGGCGGAGGCGGCGUACAGAAACGCUCUGCACCACCGAGGGAACAUGGCUGACAUGCUGUAUAACCUUGGCUUGCUGCUGCAGGAGAACGAACGUCUUUCUGAAGCGCUGCAUUAUUACAAACUGGCCAUUGGGAGUCGGCCAACACUGGCAUCAGCCUACUUGAACACGGGGAUCAUCCUGAUGAACCAGGGCAGCCUGGAGGAGGCCAAGCGCACCUUUCUGACCUGUGCCGACAUCCCUGAUGAGAACUUAAAGGACCCCCACGCCCACAAGAGCUCCGUCACCAGCUGCCUGUACAACCUGGGAAAACUGCUCCACGAACAGGGCCAUCAGGAGGAGGCCCUGUCUAUUUAUAGGGAAGCGGUACAGAAAAUGCCCAAACAGUUUGCACCACACAGCCUGUUCAACAUGAUGGGAGAGGCGUACAUGAGGCUGAGCCGGCUGGAGGAAGCAGGCCACUGGUACAGAGAGUCCCUCAGGGUGAAGCCGGACCACAUCCCUGCACACCUGACGUACGGCAAACUGCUGUCCAUCAUGGGGCAGAAGACCGAAGCAGAGAGCUACUUUCUGAGAGCUAUUCAGCUGGACCCAACUAAAGGAAACUGCUACAUGCACUACGGUCAGUUCCUCCUGGAGCAGUCUCGUCUCAGCGAGGCGGCGGAGAUGGCGGAGCGAGCGGCGGAGCUGGACCAAUCAGAGUUUGAUGUGGUCUUCAGCGCGGCUCACAUGCUCAGACAGGCCAGUCUGAAUGAGGCAGCAGAGAGACAGUACGAGCGAGCAGCAGGCCUCAGACCAGAUUACCCGGCUGCUCUGAUGAACCUCGGGGCCAUCCUCCACCUGAACGGGAAGCUUCCGGAAGCGGAGGCCAACUACCUGCGUGCUCUCCAGCUGAAACCUGAUGAUGUCAUCACCCAGUCCAACCUGCGCAAGCUGUGGAACAUCAUGGAGCGGCAGGGGCUCCGGGUCAGGGGGGGGGCCCGGGGAGCAGGGGAGAGACCUUCUAACUGAGAGCUGCUCUGUUCUCUCUGUGAUGACAGUGUGUCCUCCAGGCAUUUACAGGACAAUAUAUGAAAGAGUUGGAGGCUAAACUCUCUACAAGACGGGAGAAACUAAUCUUUUAUGAGAUCUGACCUGUGAUCGUUGUGGAAGACAGCUUAAGGCUUGGCAUGUUUGAGAUUCAAGUGUGAAGCGCUGAAUGGUCAACAGCAGUCCUGAUUGGUGGAUCAAACCACUGAUAUUACUUAGUGAUGUUAAGUCGUUAAAGGAAGGCAAUUAACUGCAAAGUCCAAAAGAAAAAGUUUUGAGAAGGAGCGUCUCAAAAAGCAGCUGAAUAUUACUUGUUUUAAAGCACUUAAUUUGAAGGAGGAUGUAACAAACUAUUUAAAUAAUUUCCGUGGAAUGGGUUUGGAAGUGGUCAGCACUGAUGAGUGAGUGAUGCCAGGUGGUUGUGUUAAAAGUGAAAUCCAACCAUUUCAAGCAUCAAGUCUUAUUACAGGUAAUUGUGAAUACUUUCGCAUAAAUGAAAAUAAUUUGUAAAAGACUGCAGCUUCAGAGGGAGAUGUCUAACAAAUUGCCUCAAGUGAUGUCACUUUCUGUACAAGUUUCAAAAAGGCAAACAAAAGGAGUUGGAAACUGAUCUGUAGCCCACUCCUCAUCUCAGCCCAAUGCUAGCUGCUAAUACUCUAACACGCCUGAAUCUCUGACGAGUUGCAUUGUGGUUGAUGUAGGCACCGGGUUGGAAAUCGAUUUGAAACUGUGCAUCGUGAGUUUGACAACUUUAGAGUGCAAUGAAACCCUGAUUGAUAGCCUCAGGGUGCUCUUGCCACAAACAUAUACUAUUCAAACAGUAAAUGCAUAACAAUAAAAGCAUGCUAACACUAAGGCUUGUUCAGGUACCUCCCUCUAAUACAGUGCUGUGUAGUCACUUGCUUAAACCAAUAAAACACCAGGUUAAAACAUGAAGCAUAGCCAAUUCCCAUUGUGUUGUCCGAGUCACUGAAGAUUGUUUGCACCUGGUGCAUUGUAGAUGCUUGUGACUGUAAACAUGUAAACAGGUCAUGAGGAAACUCCUCAGCGGUGCCAAAGCUUGAACUGAGUCUCUACGCCUCUCGUGCCAAGCAAGAACUGAAACGUGUCGUGUUCCUCGUGUCGAAAGAAGAUGUUUCAUUUCCUGUGAUCAAAUGAUCAGACUUAAUUUAUUAAUACAUGUUAUUUUAUGUGAAAAAGCCAACACUGUGCCGUGGCUGUCACAGUAGCCCACCCUCUCUUAUGUCCCCAUGUAGAUAGGCUACAGUAGGCUACAUGAUAUUUACAAUAAAACGUGUUAUUUUCCUCUCUGCUCAGGGACAUCAGGUUGUGGUUCCUGUCCCAGAAUGCCUCUGUGAUACAGAGAGAGCUUCUUAAAAUGAUGUACAGUGUUUUUUGAUGAUUGUGAUAUUUGGUUGAAUUAUAGAACAUGUGUAGCUGGAAAUGUGUUGUGUUUUGUAAAGAAGAGUUUUCUGUAAUAAAAACAUGACUUUUGCCGU